AUGAGGAAGGAAACUCAUCAUCUUGAGUUAAGUCUGCAAUGCUACAAGGGGGAUUUGAGUUCUGUGAGGUAUAAUGAUCUGGAUGAACAACAGUUGAAACAGUCACUCAACAAGGUUCAAACUCGAAAGGGGAAAAGGGAGAUUAGACAAGGGGACCCCAUCUCUCCUAUGCUGUUUGUUCUUGCUAUGGAGGUACUUUCCUUAUCUCUUGGCAAUGCAGUUUCAAACAGCCCAAGUUUUAAGUUUCAUUGGAGGUGCAAUAAGCUUUCCAUUACACACCUUGCCUUUGCUGAUGACUUGUUACUUUUCUCAUUUGGUAAUCUUGCAUUUGUCACUGUGUUGCACAAUGUAUUAACAAGGUUCCUACAAUGGUCUGGUCUCUCAAUUAAUUGUUCAAAGAGCCAUGUUUUCUUCUCUGGGGUAGAUAACCAAACCAAAGUAGCUAUACUCAACCUCCUGCUGUUUGAUGCUGGUGUCUUGCCAUUAACUUACCUUGGUUUACCUUUGACUUCAUCUGCAAUUAGUGCAACAGAUUGCCAAUCCCUUGUUCAAAAGAUCACAUUAGAGCUGUACUGCUCAAAUCCAUCCUCCACUCUAUCCAAACUUAUUGGUCUCAAACAUUCAUCUUACCCCAAAAAGUCAUUGAACAAGCCUAAAAACAAUGGUGGUUUAGGUUUUGAUUGUAUUGAUUUAGCUAAUAGAGUUGCAGGUCUCAACCAUAUUUGGAAAUUAUGUGCAAAGAAGAAUAGUCUUUGGGUGAAUUGGACCUACAAGUAUCUCAUCAAGAAUAAGAACUUUUGGACUGUUAAACCAACUUCACUCAGUUCUGGGUUUUGGAGGAAAUUACUGAAGCAAAAGGAAAUGGCUAGAAGGGUAAUCAAGCAUAGGAUUGGAACAGGUCCUGAUACUAUGAUGUGGAUUGAUUUUUGGCUUCCAAAUGGUCCACUUUAUUCUCAGCUGGGGCUUUCUGAGGUGGAAAUUCUUCAACUUGACACAAGUGUCAAAGUUGAUAGCCUAAUUUCCAACUCUCAGUGGUCAAUUCCAGCCUCUCUUCAGCAGAUUCCUUUCUUAAAUUCCAACUCCUUCAAUUCUCAGUUGCAUAGCUUGCAUACCCCCUCAGCUUCACCUGACUUGAUUGAAUGGUUACCAAGUUUAACCACUGGAUUUUCACAGAGGACCACAAUGGAUUACUUCUGCCCUCCCUCACUGCUUAAUUGUUGGACUGAUCUCAUUACAUGGUGUUCAUCCAACUGGCAAAUGAAUCAUUUCACAUUGCAUAAGCUCUUGCUCUCGGCUGCUGUCUACUUUAUCUGGUUUGAAAGGAAUGCUAGGGCCUUCAAAAAUAAGGCUUCCAGUGCUCAACACAUCAUUCAACUCAUCAAAAGUUGCAUCAGAUCAAGACUAUCAUCACUGGUUUUGAAGAAGGAGGCUGAGCUUAACCAAAGGCAUUCAAUGGAGGGUUUGCAGAAGAUGUUCCUUGAUGGAUGUGCAUUUGCUGGCAGCCACACAUGGCUUCUUUCAGAUGAUUAA